AUGUCUGGUACCGAUUACAAGUUCGAGGGCUGGCUCGGCCACGACGCUGAGUCCGUUAAGGGCAACAUGAAGUGGGGUGAAUUCGAGCCCAAGAAGUGGAGCGAGGAUGAUGUCGACAUCAAGGUCUCCCACUGUGGUAUCUGUGGCUCAGAUCUGCAUACUCUCAAGAGUGGUUGGGGAGAGACACCAUACCCUUGCUGCGUUGGUCACGAAAUCGUGGGUAAGGCCGUCAAGGUCGGAAGCAACGUCAAGCACGUCAAGGUUGGCGACAGAGUCGGUGUCGGCGCUCAAUCGGCCAGCUGCGGCAAGUGCGAGGAUUGCAAGAACGGCGAGCAGAACCAUUGCUUGAACAUGACCGGCGCAUACGGCGACAAGUACAAGGAUGGCUCUGGCAAGAGUUACGGUGGCUACUCUACCUAUUCCCGUCACACUGGCAACUUCGUCUUCAAUAUUCCCGAUGGUCUCGACUCUGCCGACGCUGCUCCCAUGCUUUGUGGUGGUGUCACAGUCUACUCGCCCUUGAAGAACUAUGGCGCUGGACCCGGCAAGAAGGUCGGUAUCGUUGGUGUUGGUGGUCUCGGCCACUUCGGUGUCCUCUUCGCCAAGGCCCUUGGAGCCGACGAGGUUGUCGGUAUCUCUCGUAAGGCAAGCAAGAAGGACGAGGUCCUCAAGCUCGGUGCCGACAGAUACAUCGCUACCGAUGACGACAAGGACUGGGCACAGAAUAACCGCCGCACUCUUGACCUGAUCGUCUCAACCGUGUCCAGCGGAAAGAUGCCUCUCGAGGGUUACGUCUCCCUGCUCAAGACCAAGGGAACCCUCAUCCAGGUCGGAGCCCCUGACGGUGGCGAGCUCCCUAACAUCAAUGCCUUCACUCUUAUCGGCAAUGGCGUCAAGAUUGGCGGCAGUGCCAUUGGCAGCCCCGAGGAAAUCAACGAGAUGUUAAAACUGGCCGCAGACAAGUCAAUUAAGCCAUGGAUUGAGAAAAGAUCGAUGAAAGACGCAAACGCCGCCAUCGUCGACAUGGACGAAGGCAAGGCCCGUUACCGCUAUGUCCUUUGCAACGACGAGUAA